CGUGCAUUUUGCAAAGAUAUGCUUUGCGGGGAAUAUCACACGACUGGUGUCACAGAACUUUGUUGACCAUUUUUGCACAAAAAAUAACACCCCCAAAAAAAAUCCUUACAAUUUUCAAUGGAUUGACGUACCUUUUUCACAGAGAAAAGCAUCUGCUCCUAUACGAUAGAUAGCUGAUAAAUAGUAUGUUCUUUCUUUUGACUUGAAAGAUGUUAUAUCAAAAACAUAUGCUGCUUUUGUCCUUUCAAGUUGAUCAAGAUCUGCGGCCUAUGAAAAUACCUGCAGGGGGACUGCUUUCUGCGAAAUUUAUUGAGACAUUUCGAGGGGCAAGAAGAAAAAAGGGAAAUAUUUCUCGCCGCUGUAACCACUGCCCAAAACGUUCUUUACUAUGUUGCCUCGGUUGCCUCCGUUGCUUUUGGCCGCCUUGGGCGGGGCUUCGAUAUAUGGAAUUAAAUGGGUGUUGGAUAAAAUGGAACCAAAAGCGUUAGGCCCACCUGGGUCUUCGGAGCACGCCGAGCGUGUGUACAAAUACCGUCAAAACGUUCGUCGCGUGGGCAUGGCGGCCGCAGCAUCCGGCAUUGUCUACGGUGCUUACUGGUUAUAUGAAUCGCGUGUGCAUCGACCGACACCGGCGGUUUCCUCGGAAACGACCGACGGUAACGAUACGUUUUAUAACGAUCAAUACAGCAGUAGGGAGCGUCGGUUUCGAGAAGAAAGCGAGAAGAUGAAGGCGAAACAGCGACAGAAAGAAGAAGAGCUGCAACGGCAACUAGAGUCUGAGCAAGCGUUGAUGAGUAAGACGAUGGACGGACCAGUCAUAUCACAUGAUGGCGAUUAUCCAAAAUAGGAUGUUUUUUUUAAACCCGUUAAAACCUUUUUUGUUUUUCCAUUGUCUCAUCAUAAACCCGCAAUUGAACAGUUUGAAAUCACGAUGAUUCAUAUGUUGCGCUAAAGAGAAAGAAA